AUGAAGUGCAGCAUUCGUGAAUACCAGCCGAGCGAUCAGGAUGCAGUGCGCAAACUCUACCUUGAACAAAGCCAACGUACUGAACGACAACGCGUAGUCAGCAGUGUUAUUCGGCAUUCAACAGCACGACGUUCUUGGCAAGCUGGCAUCGUUGGCAUUUUGAGCCUUCAAUUGACGCCCAUGUUGACCCACCGAGCAGCGGUGAUUGCUAUGGCGUUAUGGAGUGCUGGGAUAGGAUUGACAUGGUUCUUUUGGAUACGAGAACAAGAUCGACGACGAGCGUUUGAAGAUAGUCAACGGAUAGCGAAUCAUUUGGCGACGCUUCAUGAGCAGCAGCAAGAAGGAUACAACAGAGUGUGGGUGAUGAUGCAAGACAAUACUCAGGGACUUGUUGGAGCAGUAGGACUUGAAUACGUCUAUGAAGAGGGCGAGGGGAGGAUAUGGAAUCUGACAGGUGUCGAGUCGCGAAUCCAACUGGCUCUGGUUCAGAAAGUGAUCCAAUUUGCCCGACAAAGUGAUAUCUCUGUGCUUGUCGAGAUGAAGCAAAGCAUCCCCGAGACAGUCAGCUCUUGA